AUGUAUACUGGAAAAUUGUGGACAUUGUAUAAUGGUGUAUUCUCUGGAUCUAGAAGACUAGUUAUAAAUGGUGUAUUGAAAGCAAAUGUCAUCAGGAAUUUUAGUAGUAAGAACCCUAAGCCUAAAGGUAGAAUUCUUUUAAGAUCAAAGAGGUUCUUAACUAAUUUAGGGAUUGCUGCAGUAUUAUCAUAUACAGGUUAUGCUGUUUGGGUGAUAGGUGCAUCUUCAGAGGAAAUUGCUAUGAGACAAGAUAUUGUACACUUUAUGGAAGAAGGUCAAGAGUCAAAUGAGGGGACGCUGGUGAAGUAUUCUCCUUUAAAAGUUCUUGGUCGAUUCGAGAAUCCAUUCGAUGAAUAUAGAAUACAAACUGUACAAGAAUUCUUUUUCAACAGAAUUGUGGAAUUAUUCCAAAGGAACAGAGGUGGGAUACCCAAUAAUAAGGAAGAUAUGGAUGAAUUGAUGCCAAUACAUAAACCUGACUGGUUGCAAAAAGGAAUAAGACUAGUCUAUGAAAAAUCAGAAAAUAAAGUUGUAGUUUCUAAGAUAUUAGAGGGAAAUGAGGUGCAAAACCGUAACAUUGGAUUUCAGGGAAAUAAAAAUAUCCCAAUCUAUACAACAUGGCUAGGACAGUCAUGUAAUUAUAUCUUAUACAAUGGACUUAAGAUACUGACGGAUCCAUUAUUUAGUGAUUACCUUGUUGAUGAAACAUUUGGACCAAAAAGAAUAACAGAACAGCCAUGUCAAAUAGAUGAAGUUCCUGAACCUGAUGUAAUAGUAGUUUCACAUAAUCAUCCAGAUCAUUUAGAUGCAGCUAGUAUUGAGAAAUGGAGAAAUACAGAUGUCCUAUGGAUUGUUCCAAAAGGUAUGUCUCAUUAUUUAAAAAGGUUUGAUGUUUCCAAUUUUAUUGAAUUAUCUUGGUGGGAAACUUGUGAGUUAGAAAAAGGUAACGAAAUUUAUCAUAUAUCAUGUACACCGGCAAUGCACUGGUCAGGACGAGGACUGACAGAUAUAAACCACUCGCUUUGGUGUUCAUUUUUAUUGAGCCAUAACAAUGAACCAAUUCUUUUCCAUGCUGGUGACACAGGAUAUGUGAGUGACCUUUAUUCCAGAAUAAAGAGAAAAUUUGGAAGCGGUUGUAGAUUAGCAAUAUUACCAUGUGGUCAGUAUUGCCCUGAAUGGCACCAAAAGCCAAGACACAUUGAUCCAAGUGAAGUCAUAAAAAUCAUGGAGGAUCUCGAGGCAAAACAUGUUUUGGGUGUCCAUUGGGGAACCUUUGUUCUUAGUGGAGAAUACUUUAGAGAACCAAAAGAACGUUUGGAACUGCUGGCAGAGUGGAAAGGCAUAAAGGAUAACUGUCAUUGUCCUGAAUUAGGUAAAACUGAGCACAUAAAAUAA